AUGCGCUACACCACCGCCUCGGUGGUGGCCUUCCUGGCGUCCGCCGCCACCACCGUCGCCCACAGCAAACCGCCCGUUGUCGUCUGGGUCACCAGCACCAUCACCACCUGCCCCACGCCCCAGCUCACGCUCGCCUGCUCGGAUGUCGACACGGAGUCGGAGCUGCCAAGCAGUACGGCCGUGGUGUCGGCGCCGUCGUCACUGUCGUCGGCCGCAUCCUCUGCCGGCAGCGGCGGCAACGGUGGUAAUGGCCACGGCCACUCCCACUCCUCCUCCUCCUCUGUUGUCGUCAUCUCGAGCUCGUCGGCCGUCUCUGCGUCCCAGUCGGCCUCGGCCUCGGCCUCCGCUUCGUCUGUUAUUUCCUCCGGUUCCUCUGGCGUCGCCGUCCCGUCCAGCAGCUCUGGCGCCGUAAGCUCGCCUUUGCCCUCGAAUUCCGUGUCUUCCUCCCACUCGGCCCCUGGCUCCGCCGGCUCGUCUGCUUCUGCGUCUGCCUCCGCAUCGGUCUCUGUCGGCUCGUCGUCUGCUUCCGCUUCAGGUAGCGCCUCUGCUUCCGCUUCAGGUAGCGCCUCUGCUUCCGUCUCUGGAUCUGGCUCUGCUUCCGGCAGCGCCGCGUCUUCGUCUGCUUCCGCAUCCGGAUCGGCUUCUGCUUCAGCUUCCGUGUCAGGCUCGGCUUCAGCUUCGUCUUCCGGCUCCAGUUCAGUCGUCUCCAGCAGCGGUCCGGGUAGCUCUUCUGUCUCUGCUUCGGGAAGCGCCUCGUCCUCGUCCUCUGCAUCUGCAUCUGGCUCGGCAUCUAGUUCUGCGUCUGCGUCGCCAUCUGUUUCUGCGUCUGCGUCUUCGUCUUCUUCGGUUGCCGUUUCCGGUUCGUCCUCCGCCGUCUUGGGCUCUGCUGCUUCCAGCUCCUCCGUAUCUAGCUCCUCUGUCUCUGGCUCGUCGGCUGUUUCCAGUGCUGCUUCCAGUGCCAGUGCUAGUGCCAGUGCCAGUGCCAGUGCGAGCUCCGGUUCUGUCUCCGCCUCUGGCUCAGGCUCGGCGUCUAGCUCUGCCGCCUCCAGCUCUGUUGGUUCUAGCUCUGCCGCCUCGAGCUCUGCUGCGUCUAGCUCUGCUGUUUCGAGCUCUGCCGCCUCCAGCUCUGCCGCCUCCAGCUCUGCCGCCUCCAGCUAUGUCGCCUCUAGCUCUGCUGUUUCGAGCUCUGCCGCCUCCAGCUCUGCCGCCUCCAGCUCUGCCGCCUCCAGCUCUGCUGCUUCAAGCUCUGCUGCUUCCAGCUCUGCCGCUUCCGAGUCUGCUUCUGCUUCUUCUGUCUCCAGCUCUGCGGCCUCCAGCUCUGCUUCUUCUGCCUCCUCAGCCUCAUCAUCCGCCUCGUCCGCCUCCGAGAGUGCUUCUUCCAGUGCGUCUGGCUUUUCCAGUGUGUCGAGUGCCAGUGUCUCUGCUUCCGGUUCAGCCUCUUCCUCUGCUUCGUCUGUGAGUGCAUCUGGCUCGUCGGUGUCGGCAUCUGAGUCGGCCUCUUCGGUCUCGUCUGCUUCGGCCUCUUCUGCCUCGGCCUCGUCCUCUUCGGUGUCAUCUGUCUCUGUCUCGUCUGCCAGCAGCUCUGCCUCUGUCUCGGCGUCGGCCUCUGCCAGCAGCUCCGCAUCCGCUUCGUCCUCGGCGUCGUCUAGUCUCAUCUCCUCGUCUGCUUCCAGCGCCGUGUCGUCGGCCUCUUCGUCGGUGUCUUCUUCGGCCUCCGUCUCGUCGUCGAUUUCCUCGUCCGCCUCGUCUUCGAUCUCGUCGUCCUCAUCGUCUGCGUCGCCUUCAUCGACCUGCUCGUCGUUCUACCUGGAAAACAUCAAGCACCAGGGCUUUGCCCCGUACGAGGGCAAGGACUAUGUUGUGUUCCGCAACGUCAAGGACUUUGGCGCCAUCGGUGACGGCGUGACAGACGACACCGAGGCCAUCAACAACGCCAUUGCCGCGACGUCCAAGGCGACGGACAGCGGGCGCUGCGAGCCCGGCUCGAGCUGCCAGUCGACGACGACACAGCCGGCGCUGGUGUACUUCCCGGCCGGCACGUACCUCGUGUCGUACCCGAUUGUCGACUACUACUUUACGCAGCUCGUGGGCAACCCCGACUGCCCGCCGACGAUCAAGGUGGCCAGCACGUGGGCGAGCGUGGGCGAGACGCCGUACGCGGUGAUUGACGGCAACCCGAACGAGCGGUGGACGGCGGUCAACAUCUUCUGGCGGCAGGUGCGCAACUUUGUGAUUGACAUGACGGACGCGCCGGCGGACCUGCCGCUGGCGGGCGUGCACUGGUCGACGGGGCAGGCGACGUCGCUGCAGAACAUUGUGUUUGACAUGUCGACGGCGAGCAACACGCAGCACCAGGGCGUGUGGUCCGAGGAGGGGUCGGGCGGGUUCCUCAGCGAGCUGACGUUCAACGGCGGCCUGUACGGCCUCAACUUUGGCAACCAGCAGUACACGAUGCGCAAGCUGACGUUCAACGGCUGCCAGACGGCCGUGCGCCAGGUCUGGGACUGGUCGUGGACGUACCAGGGCCUGACGGUCAACAACUGCAAGGUCGGCCUCGACCUGUCGGCCGGCUACCCGUCCAACGUGGUGUCGGACGUCGUCAUCGUGCUCGACUCGACGUUCAACAACGUCGAGACGGCCAUCCUGUUCGCCAAGGCCAGCGGCACCAUCUCGCCGGCGGCGGCCGGCGAGCUGAUUGCCGAGAACGUCUACUUCAACGGCGUGACCAACGCCAUCAAGCAGGCGGCGGGCCCCGUCGUGCUGUCGGGCGCGCAGCACUCGAUCGGCCUGCUGGGCUACGGCCACGGCUACGAGGGCACCAAGGCUGUGUCCAACCUGGGCAACGUGGGCUACAGCCGGCCCAAGACGCUGCUGAGCGGCUCCAACUUUUACACGUUUGACAAGCCGUCGUACGCGGGCCUGACGGCGGCCGACGUGCUGAGCGCGCGCACGCUGGGGGCGCUGGGCGACGGCUCGACGGACGACACGGUGGCACUGCAGGCCGCCCUCGACCUGUCGGCGGCGUCGGGCAAGCUGCUGUUCCUCGACUACGGCGUCUACGUCGUGACGUCGACGCUCGUCGUGCCCGCGGGCGCCCGCGUCACGGGCGAGUCGUAUCCGGUGAUCCUGUCGAGCGGCGCCGCGUUUGCCGACAUCAACCACCCCGUCCCCGUCGUGCAGGUGGGCGCGGCGGUCGGCGCGGUGGGCCACGUGGAGCUCAGCGACUUUAUCGUGUCGACGCGCGGGGCGCAGGCGGGCGCCAUCCUGAUCCAGUGGAACCUGUCGGGCGCGGGCGGCGGCGAGUUUGCGACGAUGUGGGACGUGCACACGCGCGUCGGCGGCUUCACGGGCUCGGAGCUCUCGCUGGCCAACUGCCCGCUCGACAAGACGGUCACGGUGACGAGCAGCAACCUCAACACGAACUGCAUUGCGGCGUUUAUGAGCUUCUACGUGCCGGCCGGCGUCGAGUACGUGUACCUCGAGAACAACUGGUUCUGGGUGGCCGACCACGACGCGGACGACGCGGCGCUCACGCAGAUUACGGUGUAUGCGGGCCGCGGCAUCCUGCUCGAGGGCGCCAACCUGCUGCUCUGGGGCGUCGCCGCCGAGCACCACACGCAGUACCAGUUCCACGUGCACAACGGCAACAACAUUGUCAUGGGCCUCAUCCAGUCCGAGACGGCCUACUACCAGCCCAACCCGGGCGCGCUGCUGCCGUACGCGACCAACGCGGCGUACGGCGACCCCCAGCUGACGGCCAAGCAGUCCGGCUGGGGCGCCGUGUACUCGGGCACGACGGCCAACACGCUCGUCUACGGCGCCGGCCACUACUCCUUCUUCAUCAACAACGACCAGUCCGGCUGCGAGCCCUACGGCUGCCAGACCACGCCCCUCGUCAGCAUCCAGGACACGGCCAAGGUCACCAUCUUUGGCCUCGUCACCACGGGCGUCACGUACAUGGUCGACUACCUGGGCACGCCCGUGGCCGACGCGUCGUCGUCGACCAACUAUGGCAACUUUAUGGGCGUCGUGGGCGUGUUUUCGAGUGCCUUUUCGGCGUGA